AUGCCGGCGCAAACAGAGAAAAGCCAGCUCAAGCGAGGUCGCCUGUCUCAAGGCGAGCAAGUCGAGCCCAAGAGGACCCGCCACUCGCGCCUUUCGCCUCCUGCAAAUGCUAGUCGUCUAAAGCAGGGCCCUCUGCCCUCGCCCGUCACCAACAAGGAAUCCACCGGCGACCCUUCGCAGGACCACAAGGAAGGAACCCAGAGCCCCCCUUCGACCCGUGGUCCCAGCCAGGCUGCACGCGGUGGCCUGUCGUCGCCGCCGCCCUCGGAUACACAGCCCUUUUCGCAGUUCGUCUACCCACCUGAAAACCGGACAUAUGCAGUCGAGGAUGAGGAGGGCGAAGAGGUGUGGGGCUACCUGGUGCCCAUGGACGGCAGUGCUGGCGAUGUAAUGGUUUUGCGCCGGAGACAGGCCUGUCCAGUUCCCAGCACAAUCGUCGGACAGACCAAUGGCAAGGAGCACGUAAGCAAAGGCGAGUACAAAGGCCAGGAAGAGCAUUACGAGAAGGACAAGCAAGAGCGCGGUGUUCCCGCGGGCGGAUAUCUCAUAGGCCGCCACCGAGAGUGCGACAAGGUGCUAAACUCACCAACCGUUUCCAACCGCCACUGCCUAUUGUUCACCGAGAAAAAAGGGGGCGACGUCGUUGCGGUACUCGAGGACUUGUCGGGCAAUGGAACCUUUGUCAACGACACGUUUGUCGGGCGGAACAAGCGACGCGAACUGCGCGAGGGCGACGAAAUCGCCAUCCUCGACGAAGCCCGGUACAUAUUCAGAUACCCGCUCAAGCGCAACACACACCGGUUCCGACAGCAGUACACCAUACAAGAACAACUGGGCAAGGGCCAUUUUGCAUCCGUCUACCUCUGCGCAGAAAAGUCAACAGGCAUACGGCAUGCAGUCAAGAAGUUUGAGAAGCGCAGCGGCCCGGGAGAAAAAUCAAAGGUGGAGGGCUUGCAGCAGGAGAUUGCCGUGCUCAUGAGCGUUAGCCACCCAGCGCUUCUUUGUCUCAAGGACACAUUUGACGAAGACGAUGGAGUCUACCUUGUUCUUGAGCUGGCGACGGAGGGCGAAUUAUUCAACUGGAUUGUGAUGAAGCAAAGGUUGACCGAGGAUGAGGCUCGCAAGGUCUUUGUGCAAUUGUUUCAGGCGGUUAAGUACCUGCAUGAACGCAACAUUGUGCAUCGAGAUAUCAAGCCUGAGAAUAUCCUGCUCACCGACAAGGAGCUGUCUGUCAAGCUGGCCGACUUUGGUCUUGCCAAAAUCAUUGGUGAAGAGUCGUUCACCACUACGCUGUGUGGUACUCCAUCAUAUGUUGCGCCUGAAAUUCUAGAAAACUCAAACCAUCGCCGGUACACACGUGCUGUCGAUGUAUGGUCACUGGGGGUCGUUUUGUACAUAUGCCUGUGCGGUUUCCCUCCCUUCUCAGACGAGCUGUACAGUGCCGAGAACCCGUACACAUUGUCUCAGCAGAUCAAGAUGGGGCGGUUUGACUAUCCGUCGCCAUAUUGGGACUCUGUAGGCGACCCAGCACUAGAUCUCAUCGACCGCAUGCUCACCGUCGACGUGGAGCAACGCAUCACGGUUGACGAGUGCCUGGAGCAUCCGUGGACUACGCAGGGCAAGAUCAACGUGAACGAUAGCACUGACGGGCUGACGGGCGCAAUUUCCAAACUAGACUUUUCAAAGCGUAAGGUACAACGGGAGCGCACCAUGCUGAGCAGUAUCAAUGAUGUCAAGGUAACGCGUGUCAUUCAAGGUACCGAGGGACAGGAUCCAGUCAAGGUGUACGAGAAGAACGGGGUAGAGAGUAAAGGCAAAAAGGCCAAAGCCAAGCCACAUGCAGUUGCAGAGGAACAGCCGGCUGCACAGCGGCACCCUGAAGAGUUUGUAGAAAUGGGCGGCAAGGGCGACCAGACUCUGUACUCUGAAGAAGACGACGGUCUGUCCACCAAAUUUAUUGUUGACGCUGCCCCCGUCCACCUUGACUCUUCACCCACCCUUUGCUUCUCUCGUCGUUGCUUCUUGCUGUGCACAAUGGGUGUCUUUGCCACCAUUGCCGGCCCGCUCGCCGACUUCACCUCAAACUCGUCCACGCCCGUCGUGGUCGCUGCCGGCUUCGCCUCCUUUAUCCUCGUCGCCAUUGUCCUCAAUGUCCUCAAGCAGCUUCUGUUCAAGAACCCCAAUGAGCCGCCCCUCGUCUUCCACUGGGUGCCCAUUAUCGGCAACACGGUCUGGUAUGGCAUGGAUCCCUAUUCCUUCUUCUUCGCCAACUACAAGAAAUAUGGCCCCGUCUUCACCUUUAUCCUCCUCGGUCGCAAGAUGACCGUCUGCCUCGACACGACUGGCAACAACUUUAUCCUCAACGGAAAGAUCAAGGACGUCAAUGCCGAGGAGAUCUACUCUCCCCUCACGACCCCCGUGUUCGGCAAGGAUGUCGUCUACGACUGUCCCAACUCGAAGCUCAUGGAGCAAAAGAAGUUUGUCAAGUUUGGCCUGACGCAAGAGGCUCUCCGUUCCUACGUAACCCUCAUCACACAAGAAUGCGAAGACUUCUUCAAGCGCCACAAGGCGUUCAAGGGACAAAAGGGCACUUUCAACGUUCCCAAGGUCAUGGCUGAACUCACCAUCUACACCGCCUCCCGAUCGCUCCAGGGCGAGGAAAUCCGCCGCUCGUUCGACUCCAAGUUUGCCGAACUGUACCACGACCUCGACAUGGGCUUCUCGCCCAUCAACUUUAUGCUUUCCUGGGCUCCACUCCCCCACAACCGUGCCCGUGACAAUGCGCGCGAGACCAUGAUCCAGCUUUACUCUGAGCUGGUUCGCAAGCGGAGAUCGGGCAACGCCAAGAAGGACUCUCAUGACAUGAUCUGGCAUCUGAUGGACUGCAAGUACAAGGACGGCACACAGGUUCCUGAACACGAGAUUGCCGGAAUCAUGAUUGCUCUGCUCAUGGCUGGUCAACACUCAUCCUCUUCGACCAUUUCCUGGAUCCUGCUUCGCUUGGCACAGAAUCCCGAAAUUGUAGAGGAGCUUCUUGCAGAGCAAAAGGCGGUCAUGGGUCAAGAUCUGCCUACUCUGACGUAUGAGGAUCUCGACAAGCUGCCUCUCCACGCCCAAGUAGUCAAGGAAACCCUUCGUCUUCACGCUCCGAUCCACUCCAUUAUGCGCAAAGUCAAGCAGCCUCUUGUCGCUGAUGGAACAAACUACGUUAUCCCUACUUCUCACCAUCUCAUGUCUUCGCCGGGCUUCUCUGCUCAACUCGACACUCACUUUGUCAACCCCUCAGUCUGGGACCCACACCGAUGGGACGCCGAGCAGGACAGCCAAAACGCGGAUGACGAUGACGAUGACGAGAAGAUUGAUUAUGGCUGGGGUGUCGUGUCCAAGGGCACCAAGUCGCCAUAUCUCCCCUUCGGCGCCGGAAGGCACCGGUGUAUCGGCGAGCAGUUUGCCUACCUCCAACUCCAGACUAUUCUUGUUGCAUUUGUCCGUGAGUUCAAGAUUAGGAACAUUGGAGGUAGCAAGGAUAUCAUCGGGACUGAUUACUCGAGUUUGUUCUCGCGCCCUCUUGCUCCUGCCGUUGUUGAGUGGGAGAGGAGGCAUGGUCAGUUGUAA